AUGCCUUGCGUUCGGUUGGCUAACAAGUGCGUUCCAGAGAUGAAGCUCCACGUUUGGUACUUCAUGUUUUGUGCAGUUAUAUGCGUUGAAGCAAGUGCCAUUAAUUCGACGGGAUACGGGCAACUGAUCCUGACCAAGCUCGAAUUGAUGGCGAACAAGUUACAUACAUUGGAGAACAAGUUGGAGAGUUUGGAGAACCAGUUCAACGAACAUCGAUCCAGCCAGGAUACGUUAUUGCAUAAACUCGAUCGAAACGUGGAAACUGUGCUACAAAACCAACGUGGACCUAUCUUUUCCACGUGCAAGACCCAACAAACCAACAUCUCGGGCACGUAUUCGAUCCAUAUGAAUAAUGAAAGCGCCCCGUUCAGUGUGUAUUGCGAACAACAAGCGUACGGUGGUGGGUGGAUCGUGAUCCAACAUCGUUACGAUGGAUCACUGGACUUUUACCGCAGCUGGGAUGAGUUUCAAGAUGGUUUUGGUGAUCUAGAGAAAGAAUUUUGGCUAGGCCUUGAGAACAUUCACCAGAUAACGAAGGGGCGUAAGCAUGAACUGAUGAUAGAGUUGAAAGAUUUCAACGGUACCUAUAAGUACGCCCAUUAUGAUGCAUUCGAAAUAGGUAGUGAGGGCGAGCAAUUCAUGGUGAAGGCUGUCGGAGCGUACAAUGGAACUGCAGGAGAAGCAAUGCAAGAUCAUAACGGGAAGAAAUUUUCGACAAAGGAUCGCGAUAAUGACGACGAGCGACAUGAUAGCUGUGUUGAAAUCCGUGAAGGUGCCUGGUGGCACGGCGAUUGUCUCGGUGCUAAUUUAAACGGUCAGUACCUGAAUACUGUCGAUUCGACAGCCAUGACUUGGUUUACAUUCAAUUCCAAAUGGCAAGGAUUGAGUUUCUCCAGGAUGAUGAUCCGGGAGAUAAAUAGAGUUUCUACGUUGAUUAAUGGUGUUGCGUAA